UCUAAGAUAGCAGCUGAAGAUACAAUAAUCCCUAAAGUUCCCUUUUAAGGUAAUUUCUAUCUUGCAAAACGGCCCCAUCCUUAUACUGUAAUAUGACACUUCCUUACUGCCGACUGUAUGAGUGCAUUGUAAAUGUGUGACCUGCCCAUCACGAAGGGAAGGUAUAUAUGAAGUUGACCGUGAGUCCUGAACACAUGCUGAGGACCGGUUGUCUGAAACCUUUGACCUGAGGACUUUACCUAGUGCACAACAUCUUCCCAUCCUUAAGGCUGAUAUCCUGACUGCAGCGAUGGAGGGCAACAUGUGGAUCUUUGCUACACUGGGUCUACUCCUUUGCUGGAUGAUGCCUGUUGACUCGGUCCCAAUUGGGGCCGAAGUGGCCAAAAAGGGGAUCCGAUUGACCAUGGUUAAAGAUUCGGUUGAUGACAUGUAUCUUGGCUGCAAUGACAAAAUGAUGACAAAAGUGAAGGACAAAUUCCUUAAAGAAGAAAAAGCUGUGAACAAUUUUGGAGAACACUGGAGUGUGGGAGAAUCUUGUGCAAAAGAUACAUUUGGUAAAAGGAAGGAUAAGGCUCUAACCAGAGAUCACAUUAUUGCAAUCUGUGUUUACACAAAUAACGGUGUGUACGAGGACUUUAAUACUGCAGUCCGGACAGAAGGGAGAAUCUAUCCCCGUCCCUUCAAUUUCAAAUUCCGCUCUUUACAUUACCUGCUGACAUCUGCCAUACAGAUCUUGAAUAACAACAGCCCCUGUCACACUACUUUCAGACGAACCAGGGUUUUAUUUACUGGUGAAGUCGACGAAAUAAUUCGGUUUGGCUCCUUUGCCUCAACAUCUUUCAGUUCAGAGUUGACGAACUUCGGUUUUAAGACCUGCUUCAAAAUUAAGACCUGUUUAGGCGCAUCUGUGAAAAAAUAUUCAGCCAUUCCUACAGAGGACGAGGUUCUCAUCCCUCCCUAUGAGACAUUCAAGAUAACUGAGAAAGGUCAAAGGGUCGAAGGUCUGGAGGAUUGUGAAGUUGUCUUUGUCUUGGAGAGUGCAGGGGUCAUGAGCUCUCUGAACUGCAAGGCCUUGGUUUGAAAUGAAGCUGCAUUGCUCAAACAAAUGGAAAAUACCAUGUCCAUCUUUAAACCUUCUAACUAGCUUGUCAUAAAUGAAUUAGUUACACGGUGUUAAACAUGGCUUUAUUUUCUCUACGCUGAUUAAUUUUAAUGCUCAGGCUUUGAUCAAUCAUUGUGGACUUGUUUAAUCAAAUGUUCCAGCAACGUGGUAUAUUUUCUGUGUCCAAUUACAAAGAGACGUUUUAGAUCUGUGUUGUUGUAAUUGUUCAAAAGAAAAUAACUGCUUCUGCUUAAUACUAGUCAUUAAACUGCU